AUGCUCUGUGGUGACACAUUGUGCCUUUCUCUCCCUCAUUCUAGGGCAUAUUCCCUUGUGGAUUCCAGCCAAGUGUCUACGUUCCUGAUUUCCAUUCUCCUUAUAGUCUAUGGCAGCUUCAGGUCUCUUAACAUGGACUUUGAGAAUCAAGACAAAGAGAAAGACAGCAGCAGCUCACCUGGGUCUUUCAAUGGCAAUAGCACCAAUAACAUCCUUGCAACAAUAGCCUUUGCUUUCCUUCUGCUCCCGAUGUGCCAGUAUUUAACACGACCUUGUUCUCCUCAAAACAAGAUUUCCUUUGGCUGUUGCGGACGUUUCACUGCUGCUGAGCUGCUCUCAUUCUCCCUGUCUGUUAUGCUUGUCCUUAUCUGGGUCCUAACUGGCCACUGGCUCCUCAUGGAUGCUCUGGCGAUGGGCCUAUGUGUUGCAAUGAUUGCCUUUGUUCGGCUGCCGAGCCUCAAGGUUUCCUGUUUGCUGCUCUCGGGGUUACUAAUUUAUGAUGUCUUUUGGGUGUUUUUUUCUGCCUACAUCUUUAAUAGCAAUGUUAUGGUGAAAGUGGCUACGCAACCAGCUGAUAAUCCCCUUGAUGUUUUAUCCCGGAAGUUGCAUCUGGGACCAAAUGUAGGUAGAGAUGUUCCCCGCCUGUCACUGCCUGGCAAGCUUGUCUUUCCAAGUUCCACAGGCAGCCAUUUCUCUAUGCUGGGGAUUGGAGAUAUUGUGAUGCCAGGUCUUCUGCUCUGCUUUGUCCUGCGUUAUGAUAACUACAAAAAACAAGCCAACAGUGAUUCCUGUGGUACUCCAGGGCCUGGGAACAUCUCUGGACGUAUGCAGAAGGUCUCCUAUUUUCACUGCACACUCAUUGGAUACUUUGUAGGUCUGUUAACAGCAACAGUGGCUUCUCGCAUCCACCGGGCCGCACAGCCCGCCCUGCUCUAUUUGGUACCAUUCACUUUAUUGCCGCUCCUCACCAUGGCUUAUUUAAAGGGUGAUCUACGUCGCAUGUGGUCUGAACCUUUCCACUCCAAGUCCAGCAGCUCCCGUUUCCUGGAAGUAUGAUGGAAUAGAUGGAAAGUGACUGGAACUUCUGCCUUGGUCCUUUUCUCUUAACUUGUGGUUUUGUCUCCUAAAGCUGGACUGGUACUCGGAAAGGUACCAGUUUAUGGAACUUGUAUGAAUGGACUUUGCUUUUUUUUUUUCUUUUUAAUACAAAGGUUCUGGAGCUCCGUUUGAUUCCUUUUCUCCCUGCAGAUGUGGAAUUGGGGACACUUUGUGCAACUGCAGCCACCUUCUUCUCCUCCUCCCCCUAUUUUAUGGAUUAGUACCAGACUGUUACUUUUGUGAGAGAGGAGGAGACAAACUUUAAACUGAAAACGGCAUGAAAGUCGUUCAGAAACUUGCGAACACUAAAAGGAAAAACAAUUAAGCAAAUUGAAGUUUCAUCAGAGAGCCCCCAAGUACUUUGGGACCAGUUUCCUGUCGGACUUCAGUUUUGGAGAGAACUGAGACAGAAAAUCUGUCACUAUAUUCUUUUUUUGAUUUAUUAAAUAUUUCCUGUGGUGUGAGGUGACUUAUUAAAUCCACAGACAUUGAGUGACUUAUUGCAGUAUACAUAUAAGAAUUUGUUGUAGCGAGUUACAUUUCCACCCAGAUGUCAUGUUGCAGUGAACAAGGGCACGAUUUUUAUACAUAUAUAUAUGCGUAUAUAUAUAUAUAUAUGAAUAAAUAAAAAGGAAAACCUGCUAAGAUCAUGCUAUGUAGCAGUCAGGGGCUUGCUGUAAUUUUUAGCAUGUAGAGCAGUUUACUAUGGCUUUCUUGUAUAUGACUCUACGAUAAGCUGCUGUUUUUUUCCCCCUCCACAGCUGAACCCACAGUUAAAAACCAGUGUAGUAUUUGUACUGAUUGUACUCAUGGACUUUAGGGGAGUAUUUGAUUUUGAUCAAUGUAGCAAACUAGGGAAGAAAAAAGUUUAAACCCUUUACCCUUUUCUUUUUUUAAAGAACUUCUCCCUUGCAGGUUUUUUAGUAGUUCCUUCUUGACCCAAUGCAUGUAUUAUAGCAGCAAUUGUCUGUGUGCGUUCUGAUCAUAGUAAUGUACCACUUGUAAAUACAUUUUUUUCUAUUUUUUUUGUAUUUUUGGCAUUUUGUUUCAUUAGUGUGCUGUAUUUUUUCCAGACCCCUGCCCCUUAAAAAAAAGAAAAAAAGAAAAAGAAAAAA